AGCUCACCAGUGUCAUUCAUCUCUUCCUUUUUUAUUCUUGGCCUUUUGCUCUCUCAAGAUUAUUGCAAGCUUUGUUUUGAUUUCUUUUUCUCCUUCUUCUACCUUCUUGCUUCUAUAUAUUUCGUCUUUUCUGGGUUUCCUUUCUCUCUCUGUUUUUCAGGUGCUUGCUUCAUUCACUCCCUCGUGUUUCUUCCUCUCACUCUCUCUUGUUUCCUUAUCGCGUCUCUCGCUAAUUCGUUGUUUUACGUUGUUUAUAAUAUCAAUUGAGGGUUUUUCUGAUUAAUUUUCUUAAUUCCUUUUUCGUGUUUCUGGGUGUGUUCUUCAUUGCGUUGUUCUGUUGGCGUCCAAGUGGGAAGUUGAAUAUCUUCAGAUCUCUGAAUUGUGAUUCUAGGGUUUUCUCUGUGGAGUGACUGGAUAAUAGGUUUCAAUCUGAAUUUGAGGAUUUUUCCCCCUUCCUUUUUUAUUUUCUAAAGUGGUUUUACCAGAUUCCCUGUGCUUGGAUACAAAAAGAUAUUCUGAUUCCUUUUAUAAAAAAAAAUGCUAGUGGGUUUGUCCUUGAUAAUAUUCUUGCGUUGAAAAAACCUCUUCAUUUCAUCAUCAUCAUCAUCUCUCUCCCCUGUUCUUUAUCAAAAUUCACUGAAAGUUCCAGAGAUCAAUCACUCUUGUUCCUGAAUCCUCCCAAAUUCACUUCCAUGCUUCAAUAACUUGCUCUUUCUGAUUGGAUUUUUGAUGAUGAAGUGGGAAAUGGAUAUUCUCUCAUCUCCUCACAUCUCCAACCCCACAUGGCUCAUUCAAGAUGCCAUGAACACAACCAAAUGGACUGCUUCAGAGAACAAGCUGUUUGAGAAUGCUCUUGCAGUGUAUGAUAAAGACACACCAGAUCGGUGGGUCAAAGUUGCUGCAAUGAUACCUGGAAAGACCGUAGGAGAUGUGAUUAAGCAGUACAGAGAAUUAGAAGAAGAUGUUUGUAAUAUAGAAGCUGGAUUGAUCCCAAUCCCAGGCUAUCAUAGUAGUGGCACCACAACCUCGCAAUUCACCUUAGAUUGGGUUAACACUUCUGGAUUUGAUGCCUUCAAAUCUCAUCAUGGUGGCAAGAGAUCCUCAUCAGGUAGACCCCCUGAACAAGAAAGAAAGAAAGGUGUCCCGUGGACAGAAGAAGAACACAAACUGUUCCUUCUGGGUUUGAAGAAGUAUGGGAAAGGAGAUUGGAGGAACAUAUCGCGCAAUUUCGUGGUGACUCGGACACCGACUCAGGUGGCUAGCCAUGCUCAGAAGUACUUCAUAAGGCAACUUUCAGGAGGGAAAGACAAGAGAAGAGCAAGCAUUCAUGAUAUCACAACUGUGAAUCUGUCAGAAACCACAAGAACACCAUCUUCUUCUUCCUCUUUAGAAGACAACAAUAACAGCAGCAGAAACAGCAGCAACAACAACAAUGGAUGUAACAUAAAGCAGGAGUCAAAUCCAAGUGCUACUACUUUAGGUCAAGCGCAUUUUCAAUGGAACCAGGCAAAUGCAGGAGGAGGAAUUAUGGGGUUUAAUCCUUAUGGGGUUAACUCGUAUGGGAUAAGAGAUCAGGGCCAGAAUCUGCAUAGAAGUGCGCUUCUUAAUAAUCAUGACUCUUCUAAUUACUUUGGACCUCAAACUCAGAACAUGGUCUUCCAAAUGCAUUCUUCUUCUCCUCACCACUUUUCUCAUGCUUGAUGAUAGCUAUAUGGCUCUUGUAUUGAAGCUUUAAUUGCUAGAAUCAUCACUCCUUUCUUUUCGGGUCCAGCACACUAUGUUCUCUUACAAGUUCCGUGUGAAUACCAUAAGUUGGAAUUUUGAGUAAA